AUGAACCUCUCAGGCUCCUUCACCUCCUGCUAUGUCGCCACAGGCUCCUUCUCCCGCACGGCAGUGAACAUCCUAGCGGGGGCGCACACGGCGCUGACACAGAUCAUCCUCUCCUUCACCAUGCUUAUCGUGCUGCUUGCUGCUGCUCCCGCCUUCAAAUAUGUGCCCGCUUGUGUGGUGGGAGCAGUCAUCGCCAAUUCUGUGCUUAACCUGCUGGACUUUAAAGCCGCAUUUCAAAUCUGGAGGGUGAACACGCUCAACUUCAUACUCAUGCUCGCCUGCUUCCAUCGACCCUUGUCCCCUGGUUUCCCCUCCCACCUGUCCCCCUCCUCCCCCCCGUUCUCAGCUGGACUUCAAGGCAGCGUUUACGAUCUGGAGGGUAGACAAACUAGAUUUCAUGGUCAUGCUCGGCUGCUCCCAACACCUAUUCCCCCUAUUGACCUAAACCCUUUCUCCGUUCUUUCCCCCCAUCAGCUCGACUUCAAGGCAGCGUUUACGAUCUGGAGGGUAGACAAGCUGGACUUCAUGGUCAUGCUCGGCUGCUUCCUCGGGAUCAUCUUCGGCUCGCCCGAGAUCGGCCUGCUAGUCGCCUCCGUCCUCUCUGUCCUCAAGCUCCUCCUCCGCAUUGUCCGCCCGCACAUCCGCCUGCUCGGGCUGCUCCCGGGCGGCGCCGCUACAAGCCGUGAGCGUGCUACAGUUCCCCAACAGCACGCUGUGCGAGGGGAUCGUGAUGCUGAGGAUUGA